GGGGGGGAAAAAACAAGCGAGAGCGAGAGAGCAGAGGAAGCAGAGGGGGGCUGGCUGCUCGAGCUCGAUCAACGGGAGGAGGUGGAGGAGGUAGCGGCGGGCGUUUCUGUUUCUUGGUCGCCGGCGGCGGAGGAGCAGGGGGAGGGGGCGAUGGACGGGACGGCGGCGGUGGCUGGAGGGGCGGCACAGGCGCCGGCGCCCGCGGUGCCGCUGCCGAUAAUGCACGAUGGGGACCGGUACGAGCACGUGCGGGACAUCGGGUCCGGCAACUUCGGCGUCGCGCGCCUCAUGCGCUGCCGCGCCACCGGCGCCCUUGUCGCCGUCAAGUACAUCGAGCGCGGCCAGAAGAUUGACGAGAACGUGCAGCGGGAGAUCAUCAACCACCGCUCGCUGCGCCACCCCAACAUCAUCCAGUUCAAGGAGGUGAGCGACGGCGCCGCCGUCACGGCCGUGGCGGUUGCUGCCUCUGUGCUGUUCUGUUCUUCCGAUGCCACGCCGAACGACGAUGUCAGGAAAAAAAGGAAGGAAAAAAAACCCCACUCUUUUCUUCUCCAGGUGAUCCUGACGCCGACCCACCUCGCCAUCGUCAUGGAGUACGCCUCCGGCGGGGAGCUCUUCACGCGCAUCUGCAAUGCCGGCCGGUUCAGAGAGGACGAGGCUCGGUUCUUCUUCCAGCAGCUGAUUUCUGGGGUCAGCUACUGCCACUCCAUGCAAAUAUGCCAUCGUGAUUUGAAGCUUGAGAACACUCUGCUGGAUGGAAGCACUGCGCCUCGGCUUAAGAUAUGCGACUUUGGUUAUUCCAAGUCAUCUCUUCUGCAUUCACAACCUAAAUCCACUGUGGGAACUCCAGCAUACAUUGCUCCUGAAGUUUUAAUGAAGAACAAAUACAAUGGAAAGAUUUCCGAUGUUUGGUCAUGUGGGGUGACCCUUUAUGUGAUGCUGGUUGGCGGGUAUCCUUUCGAGGAUCCGGAAGAUCCUAAGAAUUUCAGAAAGACAAUUCAGAAAAUAAUGGGGGCUCAGUAUGCGGUUCCAGACUAUGUCCAUAUAUCUCCAGAAUGCCGAGAUCUUUUAUCAAGGAUUUUUGUUGUCGAACCAAACCUUAGGAUCACCAUACCCCAGAUAAAAAGUCAUCCUUGGUUCCUGAAGAACCUCCCUAUUGACAUCAUGGAUGAUGAUGGUUCAGUGAGCUAUGAGGAGCCGGACCAGCCGAUGCAGAACAUGAACGACAUCAUGCAGAUACUGGCAGAGGCAACAAUACCACCUGCUGGAACCCGCACAGCGGCCCAGUUGUUGUCCGACGACCUUGACGUCGAGGAAAACAUGGAGGAUCUAGAUUCAGACGAGGACCUAGACAUGGACAUUGAGAGCAGUGGGGAGGUAGUGGUUGCCCUGUAACCAUGUCCAUGCUUGUGUGGAAACCGUAUUUGCGGCCUUCCUUUCAGUAAAUCAAUCAAUCUGUCGAGUUGCGCUUCUGUUUCAGCUCGAGCUUAA